GCGUCCAUUGUCUAAUGGAUAGGACAGAGGUCUUCUAAACCUUUAGUAUAGGUUCAAAUCCUAUUGGACGCA